CCCGCCUGAAUACUGAAGUGAUCCGUUCCAUCCAUCCCACGAAAACCCCCGUCCAAGCCAUUUCGGGUUUCCGACCAUCUGAUAAGUACUUCAUGAAGUUGGAUCUGGUAAAAGGAUACUGGCAAAUGCCCUUAGAAAAGAAAUCUCAAGAGUUAACGACUUUCAUUACGCCCUUUGGAAAAUUUCGUUUGUUGCGCUCACCUAUGGGAUUUAUUUCUACUGGUGACUCUUUUUCUUAUUGAGGGGACGUUGCGAUGUCUGGUCUUGAUGUCCAAAAAGUCGUGGAAGACAUGGCUGUUGGCCGCAAAGAGUACCGUGACCUAGUCCGUAUAACUUGCGAGAUCUUGGAACGAUGUGUCCAAUAUCGGAUGACAGUCAAUGGAAAGAAGAGUACGAUUGGUGGGGCUGAGACGAUCCAAUUUGCUGGCUAUCGGAUUUCGCCGAACAGUAUCGAAGCUGAUCCGGAAAAAGUCGCUGCUAUUAGCCGUUUCCUUGUUCCAGAAGAUCGCCGUGAUUUGAGGUCCUUCUUAGGCCUCGUAAAUCAAUUUGGCCAAUUCACCAACGCCAUUUCCGAGACCACUGAACCCCUCCGAGGUUUGUUAAAAACAUCAAGCGUUUUUAGAUGGAUUUCAGAGCACACCGUGGCUUUCGAGAAGGUCAAGGCCGCUCUCACGUCUCCCCCCGUUCUCGGCAUGUUUAUGCUUAACGCCGAAACAAUCCUUCAGACCGACGCGUUGAAGUUGAAAGUUCUCGGUGGAUUGGAAGUGUGGGAAGUCUCACUUUAUUCCCGAUGCCCUGUCCCGAGCCCCAAUCCCGAAUACGGUUGAGGAAGAUGACGAUGUGGAUGAUGAUUGAUCCAACCUCCAGGUGUCCAUGGUCUGCGCUGGGGAAUGUGAUUUGUCUUUUGACAACCUGUCGAUCCACGCCCGCAAUUCCCCCGAUUAUGGUCAACUUCUAUCCUCGGUGAGGAAGAAUAUGGUUGCCCAGACUCGUGUGUCCUUGUUCAGGAAGGUGGCGGACGAACUCUCCAUUGAUGGUGAUCUUGUCCUUCAAGGUUCAGGGAUUGUUGUACCCCCACCUGCUACAAGAGAGAUCCUGACUCUAUUACAUGCAAGUCACCAAGUGAUAGAGCGAACCAGCGAAGGGCCGGCAAAUCGUUUAUU